AUGCGCAAGUUACCAGGGCUCGCGCUCUCUUGCUGCCUCAUAUUGGCCGCAAUCAAAGCCGCGCACGCAACACCCCCAGCCCCCCAUGGCGGCGGCCUCUUCACGACGGCGCCCCCCGAGCGCACCGACGCCGCCGCCCCCGCCCACGAGCCCCGCCGGCUGUGCGGGCCGCCCGCGGACGGGUCCCCCAACUGGGAAUGCUCCAACUGGGCCGGCACCGUGAAGUGGACCCCCUCCGCCGUCGUCGCCCCCGCCACCGAGGCCGAGCUCGCGUCCUACCUCCGCGCCGAGGCCGCCGCUGCCGCCGCCGCCGCGCCCGGCGCGCCCCCUCGGGCCCCCCUCAAGGUCGUCGGCUUCGCCCACAGCUGGGCCGGCCUCUACGUCCCCGCCGCCGCCCCUGGCGGCGCGCGCGGCGCGACGCUCGCGCUGCACAUGCUGUCCGGCAUCACCCAGCUCAACGCAACCCACGCGGAGGUCCUCGCGGGCACCAGCUUUGCCGCGCUGUUUGAGGAGCUCCACUCCAAGGGCCUCGGCCUUGCCUGGCACCCAGGGGGCAUCCAGGGCCUUACCGUCGGCGGGGCCGUGGCCGUCGGCUUCCACGGGUCGCAGAUGUCCCUCGGCGGCGUGUCGAGCGUCGUCUCGGCGCUGCGGCUCUACGACACCGACGGCGUGCCGCACGACCUGACCGACGACGCGUCGCCCGACGCGAUGCGCGCCGCGCGCAUGGGGCUCGGCAUGUGCGGCGUCGUCGCGCGCGUGACGCUGCCCGUAGUACCGCAGUUCCACCUGCGGCGGCGGCGGUGGCGGACGGACGACCUUGGCGCGUUCUUCGGCGAGGAGCUGCCGCGGCUCAAGUCAACGUACGACCGCUUCCACUGGUACCUGCACCCCCUGAGCGAGUCCGCGUGGCCGAUGUACUGGGAGCCCGCAACCGCCGAGGAGAGCCUGGCGGAGGGCCGCCCCUGCCGCACGGCGGCGGAGCAGGCGGAGGACGCGUUGCUGACCGAGUUCGGCCCCGACGGGCUGCCGCUCAUCAUGCGGUGGGACAACUGCUCAGACGUGUCGCACCUGAGCCUCACCCACGCGGUGGAUAUGGAGCAGCAGCCGCUCUGGAACGGCGAGUACUACGUCUCGCUCGACACCGCCUCCGAGGCCGCCGCGACCCGCGAGAUCCUCCGCCGCUUCGACGCCGUCGCCGCGCGCCGCGGCGGCCCCGGUGCGCGCCCGCCGCGCGACCUGUGGCUGCACGUGCGCUACGUCGGCGCGGACACGUCGGCGCUGCUCAACCCCUGCUACUACUCUGAGGAGGGCGCCGUCUGUGCCGCCUUCGAGCUCGCGAUCGUCGCGCCCGCGAUGGACGCGCCGCUGCCGCCGUGGGACGAGUGGGCCGACUACUUUGGGGCCAUGGAGGACGUGCUGCGCGCGCUGGGCGGGCGGCCGCACCACGCGAAGUACACUUCUGAGUCCGCCGGGCCGCCGGCUGUCCCAGGGUUCGGCCUCCCUGUGCGCGAGUUCCGCAAGCAGUGCGCCGCGUUCGACCCGCACCGGCUGAUGCGCAACGAGGUGUUUGACCGGGUUUACGGCGGGCUGCAGCCGGCGGAAGAGGGAGAGGUGGCGGUUGCGGUGUCUUAA